AUGUUGUCCGCCCUUGCUGUCGCUGUUGCACUCGCCGUGAUCGCCAACAUCGAGCCGACCGAGGCUGUAGCCGGAGUGAGCACCUUCAAUGACUUUGGGACGCAGUCUACUGUCGCAUGUGCAGGCUUUCCGCCGACGAACAGCCAGGGCAGCGGGAUAUUCGCCGCCGCCAUGAGCGACCUGUCGCCCCUUUGGCAGGGUGCGAAGUGCCAGGGCUCACAGGACGCGAGCAAGUGCAACGGGAGGGGGUCCUGUGUGAACUGCGUCGGACCGGCGUGCCCUGACGAGGAGCUGUGCGGGACGUGCUUUAACGUCAGAUGCACCGGCUCCCUCGACGGCGAGACCUCCGGCGCGUGCACCGGAAAGACCAUCAAAGUCAAGAUCGUCGACGCCUGCCCAGCCACACACCCAGCCAACUUCUGCAAGAUCCCUCAGUUCGGCGGCACAAUCCGCCCUAUUGAGGCCUGCGAGCAGCCCGGCGUCAACGCGCUCGACAUUGCCACGACCGCGCGCAGCACUUUGUCCACAUUCCAAGGGAACCUUAACAUCGAUGUCGAGCCUACUUCGUGUUAA